AGCGAGAAGGUGGAAGUGAAGGUAGAUGGCCAUUCUGCCACAGAAACAGUCAAAUCAGAUUGUGGGAACAGGCUGCAGAGGCUCCGCUGCUGUUUGCAUAUGACUGCAGUCCACCUGCACAGAGCACUGUGGGGUGUCGCUUUGGUGAUCUGCAUCUGCUUUUCUUGGUCGGGCUGCACUCAGUUGGCCAAAAUAACCAUUAGACGCUUGAAUGUCCCGUUCACCCUCACUUGGUUCUCCACCUCCUGGAACUGUGCUAUCUUCCCUCUUUACUACCUGGGUCACCUAUGCUGUAGCAAGGACAGACAGACUCCCAGACAGCACUUCAGACAGUGUUGUCAGUUCUUGGGAGAUGACGGGCUGUCACUGAGGAUGCUGCUCUCUCGUGUGGCUCCUUUUGGAGUGCUGUGGACUCUCACCAGCUACCUG